CUCCUGUUCUUCUUGAGUGGACUCAUCCAAUGGGGCGGGGCUACGGUGCUUGUGGAGGUGCAGUCUGGCCCUCUGUAUCGUGUGAUUGGCUACCCUUUCUUCAUGUCCUGCAACGUGAGUGGUUUCUCUAACCCGGCAGCCCGGCAGGACUUCAGAAUCUCCAUCUACAAGCCAAACAGACCCACCCGUGAAAUCCAGAUCAUCAGCACAGACGACAACAACUAUGCCAUGUCAGUGUACGGCGUCCGCGUCAGGGGCGGUGGCAUCACUCUGGAGCGCCGGUAAGUGACCUCGGUCCUCUUCCACGGGAAGAGUCUGGAGGAGGGGGACGAGGGCGAGUAUGAGUGCCACACCCCAAACUCAGAGUUAGAAUAUAACGGGACGUACAAUGCUAAUGCCACAUUGAAGGGUAAUACAAUCACAUUAACCCCUGCCUACUGUAGUGUUGAUAUCCAUCCCUCAAGUCCUGUUUCCAUAGUGAUCAAGGACACCCUGACCACCUCCUACACUGGCCCCGCUUCCUUCAGCCUAUCAGAGGGGGGUGCCCUAACCCUGCAAUGCCUCGCUUCCAGCAACACCUUCCAGCACACCCACCUGUCCGUCACCUGGUAUCUCCAAGGAGACGGAGAGGCCUUGCCCCGCCCCAUCAUCUCUCUGGACUGUGAUUUGACGGUGAGUCUGGGUCAGGGGUUUGAGGGACGGUACCAGGCAGGGUUCAUUGGUCUGGACAAGCUGGAGGAGGUCACAUACAGGCUGAAGAUGGCCAGGAUUGAGCUGUCCGAUGCAGGGAGGAUCUACUGCCAUGCCCAGGAGUGGAUCCAAGACCCAGACCUGAGCUGGUACCCAUCUCCCAUAAAGACGCACAGGCAACCACGUUGGGAGGUCAAAGCCAUAGGUGAGAAACACCUCAGUGUGUUUUUUGCUUCCCAGCCUGGCCUUGCAGGGCAUUUUCUCUCUGUGGCCUGGGUCAAAGACAACCAGGAACUGGCCCAGAUUGGGCCAACUGGCGUCCUGUCUGUGGGGCCAGAGUACGGUGGGAGAGAGAGCGGGGGCGAGCUGAGAGCUGUGCGGACGGAGAAGACACACCUGCUUACCCUGCGCGGGGUCAAGGGUCAGCUCACCGUCACCUGGAAUUACAGAUCAGCCUCCACGACAAUGGGCACCUUCAGUAAUGUCACCAACCUAAGCCGGAUGGGUGUGAUGAAACCGGGGGCAGAGUUGGGGCAGCGAAACGUUCAUACCAUACGUCCCACAGCAGACACAUUCACCCUAGAGCUGAGUGAGGUUAAGCCCUCUGACGCAGGAGCCUAUCAGUGCACUGUAUCCGAGUGGACCAAGGAAACCAAUGGUAAUGCCAAGAAAACCAGCAGCCAAUCACAAGACUGCAUCGUGGAGGUCCGUCCCGUGGGUAAGAGCACUGUGUGUGUGUGUGUGUCUGGUGUGUGUCGGGUUCGAGGGCCCUCCCUCCCGAUCACUGUGACGUGGAGCCUGCAGCGCGAGGGGGGGUCGGCCCCGGACAACAUCCUGACACUGUUGCACACCGGUGACACCAUGUGGCGCGGCGACCAGAGUAACUACCAGUUGAGGGUGACCACCAGCAAGGGGGAGGUGCAUCACAUCCUCCGCAUCAUCAGAGCAAGUGGCAGGGAGGCAGGGUGCUAUCAGUGUGUGAUCUCAGUGUUCCUGCAAGGGAGACACAGGAAUCCGCAGAACUCCAACCUGCUGGCUGUGUUGGUCCAGACUCCAGAGGGUGUACUUACCCUGUCCUCUAGCCCCUCCCCUCUGGAUCAGAGCAUCAACGCAGUCAUACAGACGGAAUGCUCCGUUGUCAAGGCAACUUCUAACUCAUCCCGCUUCGCUGUCACCUGGUUGGCCCAGAAGAAGGGGGUGGGGAACCAACUCAGCUCAGACCACGAUGCAGUGAUAACACUAGGGGCGGAAUUAGGCACAGAACAGCGAAUCAGUAUGAGAACACGUGAGAGGUGGAGCUUCGAACUAACCAUCCGACAAGCCCAUAGCUGGGACAGGGGGAGGUACUACUGUGUGGGGGAGGAGUGGCUACAGGAUCCUCACAGCGUAUGGUACAAGCUCAUGUCCUCUUCUGCAGCUAUGGAACUCCGCCUACAAGAGACGGUGAGUGACCUCAGUGUUAACAAGACAGAUCUGGACAUGGAGGUCAGAGAGGGGAAGCGGGUGGAGCUGACCUGCACUUUGACCUCAGGUGACCCUGCCUCUCUCUACGCACUCACCUGGUACUACAUGAGGCAUGGCUCCUCCUCCUCUCACAGGGUUCCCCUGGUGAUUCUAGGCCAUGAUGGCACCCUGAAAUACCCAGAUGACAACCAAGGGCUCCAGGCCCAGAAAGGGAGGCUGAUCUUCUCCAGGAACACUCAUCGUACCUUUCUGCUGGGUCUACAGGGAGCUCGUCAGGAUGACAGUGGAGUUUACCAGUGCCAUGUGCAUCAGUACAAGUACAGUCAUGACGGCAACUGGGAAUUUAUACUCAUCUUCAUCCCUCUUGUCUGUAUCCUGGCAAUUGUCAUCAUGAUGCUGUCAAUCAAGCUGAAGAGGCGGGGUUCAGCUGGAAACAAGAAACAAGCCAACUCUCUGUGGGUGGAGGAAAACCCACUGAAGCCAUGCCCAGAAGAAUGAGAACAGA